AUGGGUUGCCACCUUUCAAGAACUUCAUCGACUGAAGAUAUUCAAAAAUCUUCGGAGAAAGGAACCAUCGAAGCAACGCCCAAGAAAAAUAACGGAAAUCGGGCACCACUCCCAGAAUUAAGGUAUCUUCGUACUUUUUAAAGAAACCAUAAUUUAUUUCAUUAUGUUUCAGGAAUGGUCACAAUGGAAAUAUUCUCCAAAUUGCAGGCAAACCUAUAAUGUAAGUUCUGAUAAGUUCUGAUUUAUUUUGAAUUAUAUAUUUUCAGUGAAGUUGAAAGUGCUAGCCAAGCAGAUUUCUUCAGAAUGUUGGAUGAUAAAAUCAAUAAUGUAAGAAAACAUUUGUAUCCAUCUAGAAAAGUCUAUAAGAGAACAUUUUUCAGGGAAAAUGCCUGGAUUCGGAUACGGAAAGUUGA